AUGUCAUCUCCCGGCUUUUGGAGUAUUUUCGCAUCUCUUCGAUCCAUCCACGGCUCAGCUGCUCUAGGCAGUGUGAGAGAGUACUGCGACCGAGCUACUAAGAUUAUUCGCCUCGAGUGUUACCAACGCUUCAACCGGGAAUGCCUGAAGCACAACGUCGUUCCUCAAGCCCUCAGAUGUCGGCCCUUUGUGGACACCCCGUAUGGCAGGAAGCUUGCUCCGGACUUCGGCAUCAACUGUUUGAAGGCCCUGUUCCUCGAGAACAAGUCGAAACUCAACGACACCCGCCACCGACUGGACUCAGCUGAAAAGGCCUUGGUACGCACCCUUCAGCCCGAUGAGUUGCGACAGGUCUUCAGCGCCCGGAAACAGGCAGAGCUGCUAGAAAGAAACAAGCGGACCGAAAUCCAUGACCAGAAGUUGUCCCGCCUGCUGCCGAAGAAACCUCCGGGGUAUGACUGCAAAAACGUCUUCAACCUGUCAUCAAAAACACUCACCGACGGACACGUGAGUUUGCUGUCGAAAGGACUGGAUUUCACGCUCGCGCCCCGUGCUGUGCCGGAACGGGAAAUCAUAGUGGAAAUCGAAGACAGGCUUCGCCACAUCAAGGACUCAACAGGUGUCAACCUAGCACGUAGCCGCAUCGCCACCAUCCUAAACAACGUGUGUGGGCCACCUUCCAACCUGUCUAAGCAAGAACGGUCGGCACUGCGUGACUUGCGCUCGGACCAAUCAGUCAUCGUUUUGCCAGCGGAUAAAGCGAAAGGCACGGUUAUAUUGGACACGGAGGACUACCGUACGAAGAUGCAAGAGAUCCUCGACGAUGCUGCGCUCUUCGUCCCUUUGACACAUGACCCAACUGCUAAAGCGGAACGCUCUUUGGUGGACCACCUCCGUGAGUUAAAGAAGAAGGGCCACCUAGAUGAUGCUACCUACCGCCGCCUCUUCUCUAUCGGACGGCGCUACUCCCAGAAUCUACGGCCUCCCCAAGAUACACAAGCCUGGGUGCCCUCUGAGACCGAUUGUCUCGUUCAUCGGGUCGCCGACGCACAACCUGUCUAA